CCACCGAAGAAGAGGAGGCGCCCAUGUCGAUUUAAAGGAAGAAGAAACACAAUAGAGACGAAUUAAAUCCAAACAUUUCCAGCAGAUUUGGAGGACGGUCCAUGAUUCACCGCACGACGAGGAUUGCUCACCAAACAAGGGAGAAACUGAGUUGUGUGGAGUCGGUGACGGCCGAGCGGAACACGCWGGUGGAGGAGGGUGAACACCUGCAGCUCUCACACUGAAGACUCAACAAGGGCGGACCUGAUAAGCCCUCGUUGGGUCUUUUCUUAUCGUUUUGUUUUCCUCACAUGAAGCAACAAACGGUCUCUGUGGAGCUAAAGGGACGGCAGGAUUCUGGGGAAGAACUUGUACAAAUCAACCUUUGUUUUUUGUUGUUUUUGUUUCUCAGGAGCAGAGAAGCAGCAGCUCCAGACUCUGAGUUAUAAACUGAUUUCUUGUGAAGGAGCUGCAGAUUGCCUUAGUUGUUCUGUUUCAGGACCUGACCCACUUCGACGCUCGUUCACCUAUAAUUUUCUAUAAGCUGAACGAGUUUAUUCUGCUAUGAAGGCAGAUUUCUCUUCAUUUUGAAGAGCUCUUGUAUAAAAACGUGUUUUUUGUUGUUUUGUGCAUCAGUCACUCUUGUUGAAGAGGGCUGUAGUGCACGUACACGUGCGUGUUUAUAUGUAAAUACAAUCGAUUUGAAAAGCUUUGGACACAAAAUAUUAACGCUUUAUCAAACUUUUUUUUAAACUUUUGAAGAUAUUUUUAAAGAGUUAAAAAUCUAAGAAGCAACAAUAAUUUCUCGGAGGACUGAGAAACAGAAAAUUUGUACAAAAUCAAAUAAAAAUGGCRACGACCCGGACAGAGAGCGUGGGCCCGCUGGUUCUGGGACUGAACAAGCAGAACGGGCAGCUCAGAGGACUCAACAGGCCCGCUUCGGUCCCAGCCCCGCCCACGGCUCCGGGGAAGAGUCUGGGCGCUCUGCAGAAACCCGGCGGCGCCAACCAGGACGGCGGCGGCGGCGGCAUCAAGUUCGGAGACGACUGGAAGAAGAGCCUCCAGCUCCCGCCGAAGGACAACAGGGUCAAAACCUCGGACGUCACGUCCACCAAGGGCAACGAGUUUGAAGAUUACUGUCUGAAGAGGGAGCUGCUGAUGGGCAUCUUUGAGAUGGGCUGGGAGAAACCCUCCCCCAUCCAGGAGGAGAGCAUCCCCAUCGCGCUGUCCGGGCGGGACAUUCUGGCUCGAGCCAAGAACGGGACGGGGAAGAGCGGCGCCUACCUGAUCCCGCUGCUGGAGAGGAUCGACCUGAAGAAGGACCACAUCCAGGCCAUGGUCAUGGUGCCAACACGUGAGCUGGCGCUGCAGGUGAGUCAGAUCUGCAUCCAGAUCAGCAAACACCUGGGAGGAGUCAAAGUCAUGGCGACCACCGGCGGCACCAACCUGMGGGACGACAUCAUGCGCCUGGACGAGACCGUGCACGUGGUCAUCGCCACCCCCGGUCGUAUUCUGGACUUAAUAAAAAAGGGCGUGGCCAAAGUGGACAGAGUCCAGAUGAUGGUGAUGGAUGAGGCCGAUAAGCUGCUCUCUCAGGACUUCGUGGUCCUCAUCGAGGACAUCAUCAGCUUCCUGGCCAAGAACCGGCAGAUCCUGCUCUACUCGGCCACCUUCCCCAUCAGCGUUCAGAAGUUCAUGGUGAAGCACCUUCAGAAACCGUACGAGAUCAACCUGAUGGAGGAGCUGACUCUGAAGGGCAUCACUCAGUUCUACGCCUACGUGACGGAGCGGCAGAAGGUGCACUGCCUCAACACGCUCUUCUCCAGGCUUCAAAUCAACCAGUCCAUCAUCUUCUGUAACUCCACCCAGAGGGUGGAGCUUCUGGCCAAAAAGAUCACUCAGCUGGGUUACUCCUGCUUCUACAUCCACGCCAAGAUGAUGCAGGAAUACAGAAACCGAGUGUUUCACGACUUCAGAAACGGACUCUGCAGAAACCUGGUCUGCACCGAUCUUUUCACCAGAGGAAUCGACAUCCAGGCCGUGAACGUGGUCAUCAACUUCGACUUCCCUAAAAACGCAGAAACGUACCUCCAUCGGAUCGGACGCUCAGGGAGGUUCGGUCACCUGGGUCUGGCCAUAAACCUGAUCACGUCGGAGGACCGCUUCAACCUGAAGGCCAUCGAGGAGCAGCUGGUGACCGACAUCAAGCCCAUCCCUGGCAGCAUCGAUAAGAGCCUCUACGUGGCCGAGUUCCACUCCGCCGGAGACGACUGUGAGGUGGAGGAAGUGGAGGAGAAGCCAGAGCCCCGACAGCACAGCACCUAGACCAGAGCGCCGCCUCACUCCGGGCUUUUUGCACAAACAUCAGCGUCUGUCAGCCGGAUCUCCUGCCUCUUCUGUUUAUUAUUGUUCUGCACCAAAAACCCACACUGGACCGGGUCAGAACCGUUUCCCCCUGCAGCAGCCGCCUCGGCCUGUUUCUGACGUUCCACACACACACACACACACACACACACACACACACCAGCCUUGGUUCUGUCCGCUCACACUGCUGUCGUCACUUAAGUGCCUUACUCACCCCCACAAACGUGCACACACCCACCGCCCCACGUGCACACACCCGUUCACCCCCCUGCUGCGGCAGGACAAGCACAACGUUUGAUCUUCACCGCUGUUAUGCAACACACACACACACACACACACACACACACACACACACACACACACACACACA